ACGAAAGACAAUAAUUUCCGAUAGGUUCCCUGCAUGCGCAAUCAUUAGCCGCUUCGAGAGUCGAACAAGCCCUUUCCGAGGUCGCCUCGUCAAUUAGCUCGUUCACACCGAAGCCAGGGCCGCAGAGAGCAUGGCUGCUGCAAUUGCAGAUCUGGCUCCUGCUCACCGAGGUUUUCCUUAUCCUGGACCAACCAAACGGCGCCGUUCUGUCCCUCCAAGAGGCCACCAAUAUCUUCCCGUUGAGUCAUCACAUUAUGUAUACGCGUGGCCUUCUGCACGAGUACAAGUUGGAGUAUACGGAAGCGAAACAAUGCUACCAAAAUGCUGUUUCAAUUAAUCCUUCGCACAUAAAAAGUCUACAACACCUGGGUCUUGUCUAUCACUAUUUGGGUAGUCAGAGACUGGCUGAGAAAACCUUGAGGGAUGCCGCGAAAAUCGAUCCAAAUUCUCAUCAAACUUGGUACAAUUUGGGAAUGGUGUUGGAAUCGUUGGGCGAAGUGGAGGCUGCCAGCGAUUGUAUGGCAACGGCGUUGGAGGUCGAGACGACGAAUCCCAUUUUACCGAUUCUAUCGAUACCGGUGACCUUUGAGUGAUUCAGUCUCUUAGGGAGAUUCGACGAAAUCACGAUUUACUUUUACCCUGUAUGUUCGUAUUUCCGCGGGCAUUUCCUCGCCUUCCCGUCAAUAGUACCUGGACACAUUGUACUAUUGUAUAAACUCAUUGUUAAAAGAAAAGAAGAAAAAAAAAGAGAUACUUUAAUUGUACAAAAUAGUUACAAUCGAUGUAAUAAAUUCGAAUAAAAGUCUUACCUCUAAAACAA